AUGGCUGAUCAGAGCAACAUCCAGUCCUCCGCCUCCAAGAGUAUCCGGCCUUUUAAAUCCAGCGAGGAGUACCUGUACGCCAUGAAGGAGGACCUGGCUGAAUGGCUCAACACCCUGUAUGAUCUGGAUGUCACUGCGGACUCCUUCAUGGACGGACUCGGGACCGGCUGUGCCUUGUGUCGGCACGCCAACAACGUCAACCGAGCCGCGCAGGACUUCCAGCUGGAGUACCCGGAGGCUGCACAGCCCAUGAAGGUGCCAUCUAAAGAUGUAAUCUUCCAAUCACGUAAUGUUGUCGCCGGCUCGUUCGUGGCUCGGGAUAACGUGUCCAAUUUCAUCAGCUGGUGCAGGCAGGAGCUCUGGAUCAAGGACGUCCUCAUGUUCGAGACCAACGACCUGGUGGAGAGAUGCAACGAGAAGAAUUUUGUCCUGUGUCUCCUCGAGGUGGCGCGACGCGGGUCCAAGUUUGGCAUGUUGGCCCCCAUGUUGAUCCAGCUGGAGGAGGAGAUCGAGGAGGAGAUCCGGGACCAGGAGAGCCUGCGGGUCGAGGUAGGAGAGCCAGCUGAGCAGAGCCCGCCGAGCAGGUGCUUCAGUCGGAAGGAGAGCAGUCACAGUGUGGAGGAUGAAGAGGAUGAACCUGAUCCAGAGCCCUUCAUCUGGCCGCAGAAGAGGGUUUUAUGUGACAUGCGAAAUCUGGAUGAGUUGGUGCGUGAGAUUCUGGGCCGGUGUUCCUGUCCGGCUCAGUUCCCCAUGAUCAAGGUGUCGGAGGGGAAGUACAAAGUUGGAGACUCCAGUGCAUUGAUCUUCAUAAGGGUCCUUCGUACUCAUGUGAUGGUGCGUGUUGGAGGGGGCUGGGACACAUUAGAGCACUAUUUGGACAAGCAUGACCCGUGUCGCUGUGCUGCUUUUGCCCACCGCUACCACCAGGCCAAAGCCAGUGGCCAAGGUCAGGGGGCCCAUAGCAAGUCCUCGAGCGCCCACUCCUCCCGCUCCACCAGUCCAGGUCCACACUGGCGAAAUGAUGGCAUCGCACCUUACAAACCUGCUGACAGGCCGGGCCGCUCCCAGAACCCGUGUGUCCCCACUGAGCUGGACUCCGGUGCAGCGCGCAAUCUGCUCCCACGGCCGCCACGAGACCGCUCAGAACCCCGCCACUUUAAUCCUCUCAGGAAUAAGGACACAAAGUUGCCAGUGACAAGACGUCUGUCUGGAGACAGCGACUCCUCUACAGCCUCCUCUAAGGGAGGAGGAGGAGGAGGAGGAGGAGGUGGACGGUUCUCUCAAGGUGGUGCCUCACGACGCUCUGGUGAUGACGUGGUCCUGCUCGUCAAUCGCAAGGAGGGGAAGCAUGUGAUCGAGAGGCCUGGAGCUGGAGAUAAGGCCCCGUCCCUGCGUCCCUUACUGCCCCGUGCACGCAGCCAAUCUCGGGAACGUACUGGUCCGGCUCCGAUACUCAAACCGAACCCACCACAAGUAUCCGCUGAUGGAUCUCGCAGUUCCCGUACAGAGAGGGGACGCUCCCUUGGCAACGAGGGCGCACGGAGGCUCCAUGCUCCACGCUCACACAGCCAGAGUAAGUUAACUUCCCGUACUCGGUCCACUGAUCCCAGCCCCGGACCCACGUCGUGCUACAGAGACCCUCAGCCCCCACCUUCAGACAGACGAGAGGACCUUCGGGCCAAACAGUUGCCCCCCUCCUCUCCCAGAAUAGGUGGUGGGUUCACUAAGAGGCAGUCGUCCUCUUGCUCUAACUCUCCUAUGAAAGGGGUCCAGAACAACAACAGCAGCCCCAGCAAGAAGAUUAUAACUACUCCCAGACCUCCUGCCCCUCGCUCACCCUCCGUAGGAAAAGGCAGACUCCUGCCACCAGUCACCUCGGGAGGUCGACGUUCACCUCACUCAACUCCACGCAACUCUCACCAUCAUGCUGCCCGCUCCCCUCGGACGUCACAGGGCCCUCGCUCUGCUGGGCGAGGCCACCAUAGGAGCUGGUCUGGCCUGGAGCGCCAGCAGCCCGAGGAGGAAGGACCGGGCCUCGGCUUCCAGAUGCUGCCAAACCUAGACCCCCAGAAGGAGCAGGACCUGUAUCGCAGCUUUGAGGCUGAGUUUCUGGCCAAUACACAGCAGGCUAUAGGAGUUUCUUCUAGAGCCCCAGGAGUGACGGUGCAGGGCGCCGGGGCACAGUCAGUGUCAGCACCCCCUGAUCCUAAUGUCACUGACUCGGCCUAUUCCUCCUCGAACUCUUCCACCUCCUCCCUGAAUGUCGGGGCAAAGAUUGGAACUCUGCCUGACCUCCGGGAAUCCAGGAGAACUAAUCCCCGUCACUUUCCACCGGAGGACCCCUUAAAUUUACUUUAUGGACACAAUUUUGGAGGUUCACACAACUUUGGUCAAGGAGAGGCUGAGCACUGGGGGGAGCGUGGAGGGGGUCUCAAGAAGCUCCCAGCCAUCUCUAACUCCAUCGAGGAGAGGGAACCUCCAUCUUCCCUUCCUGGUCUUUGUGCCACAGACAGAUUUAUGAAUCAGGUCCCCUCACAACCUGCUUUCCACUGUAGGAAUAUGAAUGGAGACCAUGGAGGUUGUCCUCCCACGGGGGGGCCGACAGCUCAGCAGGGUCAGCUUGGCUGGGGCACAGGGCCCGAAGGAGAUGUUCCUCUGGAGAAUCACCAGCCAAACUUACCGUAUGAGCUAGAAAACGUUGACGGCAGUGAUGACCUCCCGCCCCCGGAGGCUUGUCCAUCACCUGUGCCCCUUCCCCCCUCUGAGGACUGCUCCUUCCAGGAUUCCUCCAGUGAAAACUCUUCCAUGUGCUUCAGCCUGAGUGAAUCCCGCUCUGAAUCCCCCCCACCAUCUUCACCCCUGGCCAACGGGGACAACAAUGGAGAAGGGCUGCAGACUAAGAAAGGGCAAAAGAUGGCAGACAGCGUAGCCUCUAUCUCUAAACACAAAUUGAGAGGCAGAAUGAGGCCUCGCACUGACAACAGGCCAGAAAACAGCCCCUCACGUAUCCCCACCCCGGUCAGCUACAGAGAUCUGCAGGCUCGCGAGACAUUUUCUCCAAGCCACACGCCACCGCUGUCCCCUCAGAGCUCGCGAUCUACCGGUCGUCCAGCCACAUGCAAGAGCCUCCACCAGGCCUUUGCAGAUAUGAUCCAUCCUCAACCGCGUUGCCCAGCCAUGGGAAACAAAGAUUGCUCCUACCCUGGACAGUCAGGGAGCCUGGACACUGAAGCUUGGAUGUAGCACAGAUGAAACAGGGACUUGUUGUCCUGAACUUUGACUACUGUGUAAAAAAAAAAAAAGACUUAAGAUUGGGGCUAUAGACUGUUUUCAUUGCAUGUCUAACACUUUCUUUUUCACUUCUCCCCUCAAAAACUGCAGGGGGUCACAUUGCUUUUAUGUUGCACUCAAGCCAAAUUAUUUAUUACCAAAGGAUGGUUUUUAAUAUUACUUUUACUGUAAUUUUAAU